AUGGAUCUUUUUGAUGAUAUUGCAGCUCUAGCUGGGGAUGAAAAUCCGUUCGUGUCGAUUGAAGAAGCCGCUGAGGCUUAUGACAGAGACGGUAUUACAAGAAUAUUGAAGCUGUGGAAAAGAUUCGCUGUCAACCUCCCGUCUCCUUACAAUGAGAGUGAAGUUACCGCACCAUUCCAAUCGGACUUGAAGGUACCUUGGGUGAAGGCGUUCAUGGCGUGGAGAGUCAAAACCGGACUUGGGAAAAUAAGUGAUCGAAUCACAGUAACCACACUCCUGAAGGAAUUCCAGCAGCUGCGACGUGGAAUACGUCUUGCAAAAAACUUUGCUUUACACAACAAAGACAUUGCCGUCAUUAAGAGGUUCAUCCGCGAACUUGCCAAUACAAGGGGAGCAUCCACUGCAAUGAGGCCCAAAUCUGUAGCAUUCGCCCUUGAUGCAGAUGAGAUCCAGUACUACCUUUGGAACUGUAGUGAACGCGUGUAUGCGCAUCCGCGAAUGAUGGUACAGUUCUCAUUCUGGCUUCACGUUGUCUCAGUAUGGGGUCUGCGAACUGGGGAGGUAACAGAAUCUUCCUCGCACCGAGGUUCCAACGAAGGCAUUCAUUAUGGGGACAUAACCCUCAGCCUUGUUGCAAGAGAGGGUCAGCUGCGUUACCAAAUCAAGAUCACCUUACGAAAUCGCAAGUUUGCGCGAGGCAUCCAGAGCAAAGUGAAAACCGUGACUUUGAACGAGCACAUGGACCCAAAGGAACGGUUCAAAUGUCCUGUACGCAAAUUCAUUGCGCUCGCCUUGGCUGAUGACGUGUUUGUGCAGCAAAUGUCACCCAAGGACUUUGAUAAUCGCUGGGUCCCUACAUCUGCGGGCUCACGAUUGUUUGGCAUUAAGGAAGACAAGCAGUCCCUUCCAGUUUUUCGAAAGAUGCUGCCCGGAGGAGCUGUUUCGCCAGAUCGUAUCAUGACGGCCAUGUCUACUACUACCUUCCUAAAGGAGAUAUGUGAAGAGUGCGGCUAUACUGAGCCAGUUACAACCUAUACCUUCAGGCGUGGAGUGGCCAACAAAUUAGAAGCUAAUGCAAGUUCCAAGGGCACUCAGGAAGCCCUUGGUCACAAAGGCGAGCGAACAUGGCACGCAUACGCCGCACCUACAAUCAGCUAUCGCGUUGACUCGAGACUUUUCUGGUCCCAAGCCUCCAAGAGCGAUUAUGGGACUACUCCCAUUACCAUCAAAGGAUAUUCUGGAUAA